AAAAACACUUCAAGGAAAUUGGUGUUCAUGCAGAUGUGAAAUAUAUCGAUCCAACGUAUAUGAUCCGCGCAUGUCGAGCAAAUGCUUCUGAUGGAAUUUUCUGCACUGUGCUUGCACAAAAUGCUGUUCAUGGUGCAUUUGCUGGAUAUAGUGGCAUCACAGUAGGAGCUUGUAACACGCACUAUGCUUACUUUCCCAUUCCGGAAGUGAUAGCUCAUCCCAAGUUAGUGGACUCUAACAGUCGAAUGUGGCAUCGAUGUUUGACUUCAACAGGCCAACCUGAUUUCAUUUGAUUCAACCUUAUACAGAGUAUUUCUUAGAGAUAGCUUCGUAAACCCAACAUCAUGAUAAGUAGAAAUAAUACCGAGGAUGCCGUUUUCUCAUUCAAAUUGUUUAAUUGUAUAGCAUUGCAAAUUCAUAGUGCUUUCUUUCACUUCCAUUCAAAACGAAAUUUGAGAGGAAUGACCAAGCAUUGUUUGCUUGAUUUUGGGACAUUUGUUGUAAGUAUAGAGUAUU